CCACAACAACAUUUGCCUCAACAUAAGCUGCCUGGGCUUUAAGCUCUCUGUGUUGAACAACUGCCCGACUCCCUUCAUAAUAAAUAUCCUGCGCCUAUCACAAAGUUGCACAAUUUGGAUAUACACCACGACACGUCAACAUGAGCAUAACAAGCGAAUCAAGCUCGAUAGAUCGAGCAUACAGCGCCUUUCUAGCCCUUCCUACAGAACUACGGUGCCAUAUUUAUGAUUUCCUCCUCGCAGACUCCCAAGCAGUCACGAUCAGCGCAGGCUACGUCACCAUCUUUGGAAACAGAAUUCAAGACCGCGCACGCAAGACAGAGAUCCCAGGAUUACCUCUCGACUUCGCGCCAAUAGUACGACGCCACUACGAUGCUUCCCUUCUGUCAGUUGCAAACCCACCCGAGAUCCCGAUUGACAAUGGCUGGAUGAGUGAGGUUGGCGAAGGGAAACUUGGGUACCCAGCACCCUUGGCGCUGUUGCAGACAUCUCGGCUAGUAAACGAUGAAUUGCAGGAUUACAUGAACAAGAAAAAAGCAAUUGCGCAGGCCCAGACGUCAGAUGAGAGCGAAGACGAUGAAGAGGAAGAAGAUGAGGAAGGAUUGUCACUGUAUGUGACGUACCCGUACGGGGUUCUGGUACUGAAGAGCAUGUACCCGUUUUUGCUGAAGCAAGCAAAGCGGGUGUACAUCACUGGAUACUACAGCAGCCCUAAGGAUGCUGAGCCUGAAAUCGAGGAGCGACACGAGGCAAGCGACGAAGAGCUUUUGACGAACAGUGUCGAAGAUUCGGAGUCGUUUGGUCCUAGACGCAUACGAUCAUUUGUUCGUCUAGCCGCUGGCAGAACUCGCAGUUCAACUUCCCCGACAUCUCGACCGCGACUCCGUCUCUGCGGCGCGCAUCGGAGCCAUCAGUCCUCAAUCCCAGAGAUAAAAACUCUCUUCCCGUCUUUCUCUUCCAAAACCAUGGCCCACGCCCCCGACGCGCUCGCACACCUGGUGCGCACCCUCCUUCCACCCUCUCCAACCCAGCUCGUCAAACUUUCGGCCCGGAUUGUCUACCCCGGCGAAUACAAGUUCGUCUGGUCUGACGACAGUCCCGUGACGCACAUCAUGCGCAGUAUCUGUGGCGGAAAGAUUGAUAUGCAGGUCAAGAGGAGCAGCAUUGGGACGGGGCUUUAUUUGGUGGCGAGGCCAAAGACUGAUGGUAGGAUGAUCAGUACGAGUUGGGUGAAUUGGAGGGUGUCGCCGGAGAAAAGGGGAGGCGUGGAUGUUGAGGAUUUGGAUGGGUUCCUGAUAGAGGAGUAGAUCUGAACGAGCGGCGAGGGAGGGCGUGGCGGAAGAAAACACUAUUAAUUAUCUGAUGUACGAUGAUUCGAUGGGCAUGUAUAACAUUAUGCGUAGGACAGGUUAUAUUUGCGGUUGAUUAUGGUGUUGUUGUUAUGGGUUGAUGCAAGAAAUCAUUGACACCAGGUAUAUAAUGUGUAUUUUAAGUCCUCUUACAAUAUCCUUAUGAAAAGCCACGGAAUGAGGUACACUGAAGAACC